AUGUUGUCAUCACAUCUCUACUGGUUUCUUUAUCGUCGUCGAAAUAAAUUCUUGAUUCUCUGUAUCAUCAUAUUCUGUACAUUAUUUUAUUUCCAUAAAAAUGAUACUCAACAAACAUCGAAAACUAAAGAUCAAUCAAUUAAGCUAAAGAAUAUUCAACAAGGAAAAAAACUACGUGUUAAUCGAGAUACUUAUUCUACACCAGAACCAUGUCAAGGUUGUCCAGGUGAAAAUGGACAAGGUGUACAAUUAACAGCUGAAGAAUCAGUUAAUCUUGAUGCUGUUAUGAAAAAAGAAUUUUUUAAUUUACGUGCAAGUGAAAAAAUCUCCUUAUGGAGAUCAAUACCAGAUACUCGUGAUCCAUUAUGUAAAUCAGUUGAAUAUCCACCAGAUUUACCAACAGCAUCAGUUGUAAUAGUAUUUAAAAAUGAACGUUGGUCACCAGUACUUCGAACAGUUUAUUCCGUUCUUAAUCGUUCACCAAAACAUUUACUCAAGGAAGUUAUUUUAGUUGAUGAUCAAUCAGAUAUUGAGGAAAUGGGUCAACGUUUAGAUGAUUAUUGUGAAGAACAUUUUGGAGAUUUAGUACGAGUUUUACGAGCACCAGUAAGAUUUGGAUUGAUCAAAGCGAAAAAUUAUGGUGCAAAAAAUGCUACUGGAGAUGUUGUCAUUUUUCUCGAUGCUCAUUGUGAAGCAAAUGUUGGAUGGCUUGAACCAUUAGUUUAUCGUAUUAAACAAAACCGGACAGCUAUUCUUUGCCCUAUCAUUGAUGGCAUCGAUAGUUAUCAGUUAUCAUAUUCUUCGGGUCGACCUUUUUUGAUCGGAAUAUUUGAAUGGUCACUUCAUUUUUCUUGGACACGAAUAUUUCCACGAAUUGAAAAUCUACGAAAUACAACUAUUGAUCCUAUUCCGUUAGAACCGCUUUUGCUUCGAAUUAAAGAGAAACGUUCAGCUAUUUUAUGUCCGGGAAUUGAUAUGAUUAGUGAUACGAAUAUGGGUUAUGGUGGUACGGGUGAUGGAAGUAUUGGUGGAUUUUGGUGGUCAUUACAUUUUAAUUGGAUACCAAUUCCACAACGUAUACGUGAUGCACAAAAAACUCGAAUUGAACCUUACCCAUCACCAACAAUGGCUGGUGGUUUAUUAGCUGCACAUCGAGAAUAUUUCUUUGAAAUUGGUGGUUAUGAUGAUGAUAUGGAAGUUUGGGGAGGUGAAAAUCUUGAAAUUUCAUUUCGUGUAUGGAUGUGUGGUGGUAGUCUUGAAUUCGUACCAUGUUCUCGUGUUGGUCAUAUAUUUCGUCCAGGUCAUCCUUACAAUAUGACUGGUGCAAAAGGUAAAGGUGACGUUCAUGGUCGAAAUUCUAUGCGACUUGCUGAAGUAUGGAUGGAUGAUUAUAAACGUUUUUAUUAUAUGCAUAGAUAUGAUUUAAAAGGUAAAGAUUUUGGUGAUGUUGAAGAUCGUCGAGAAAUACGUAAACGUUUAAAUUGUAAAUCAUUUAAAUGGUUUCUUGAAAAUGUUUAUCCUGAAAAAUUUAUUCUUGAUGAAAAUGUUCAUGCAUAUGGAGAAGUUCGAAAUCCUUCGACAAGUUUAUGUUUGGAUACAUUAGGUAAAGAUGAAAAAGGUUCGAUUCAAUUAGCAGUAUUUUCAUGUCAAAAUGGUGCAUCAGCCAAUCAAUUUUUUUCUUUAACAAAAACUGAUCAAUUACGUCGAGAAGAUACAUGUUCACUUUCUACUGGACGUGGUUCAGAUUCUGUUGGAGUUGCUUUAUCCCAAUGUGAAUAUUCGGAUAAAAAUCAAAAAUGGACACAUGAAAAAAAUGGAACAAUUAUUCAUCAUCCAAGUAAACUUUGUCUUGAUAUCGAAGGUCUUAAAAAUAACGAUCAAAUUAAUUUAAAAAAAUGCCAACCAAAUAAACCAUCACAACAAUGGUUAUUCGAACAUUACUCAACGACUUAG